AAAAUGACUUCGAAGAUUCCGAUUCAAAGUAUAUAUUUAUGAUUAAUCAACUCUUAAUAUUUGGUGGAAUAAAAGGUCCAUCUGCAUAUGAAUUAUUUUAUUUGGAUUUGUUUAAGUCAUUUGAUAAUACAAACUUAUCAUGGAAUUUAAACCCUGAAGGGAAUCUUCCCAUAUCUACAUCAUUUUCAACUGCUAGCAUUAGACUUUUCGAUACUAAAAAAUAUGAGUGGUCACAAAUGAAUGCCGCUGAUGAAACUGUUGAUUCGAAGUGGUUUUUUACUUCUGCGUUAAGUUGUACAUUUGAAGGGGAAUUUAGUAUUGUCAACUCUGUCAGCCCAAACCUUGCUGUGUUAGAUACAAAUAAAUCUCCUUUUGAAUGGUCCAUUCCUGAAAGUUCCAAAAUAAAUUCUCCACCAUCCAUAU